AGUAGAUCCUCUCUAAGAUCUCUCUUCUGGUGAGUCGCCUUUGACGACGCAGCAUCCAACCCACAAACAACGAUCUGCUAGGCCAUGGCGCUGAGCUUGGACGGCAGCUGGGAAGCAGCAGAACAUCUGAUCCCCGACGUAGGCCUCUUCCAUGAAAGCCAAUCCGAAGUAGCCGAUGCGCUCCUCGGUUUCUUCUCCGACCCUGUCGAGGCUUGUCGCCUUCCCAUCGACUCCCUCUUCGAUCGACCGGGCGAUGCCUACGACGACACAGGCCCCACCCUGCUCCACUCACUCGUUCCACACCCCUGUUUCUCUGCACCCUCCGUGGUGUCCCUCCCUCCCGAACUUUACGCACCAAGCGACGAAUUCGAUCUCUACCGCCGUCCGAAGCGGCCCAGGAGCUGCAACGAUCUGUGUCGCCCGUGGGAACUCAUGCCCGAGGCCAACUCCUGCAAUGUGGCCAUGCCUGCACCAGCCGUGACUGGCUGCCAGGUACCUGAGCUCUCGACGGAGUUCAUGGCCCCUCCUCUACCAGCAGUCGUGACACCGGCAUGCGACGGAGAGAGGAAGGCGGGUGGCGGGUUCUUGUCUGCGCAGAGCGUGGCAGCGAGGGCGCGGAGGAAGAGGAUCAGUGAGAAGACUCAGGAGCUCGGAAGGUUGAUCCCUGGCGGCAACAAGAUGAACACAGCUGAAAUGUUUCAGGCUGCCUACAAGUAUGUCAAGUUCUUGCAGGCACAGGUUGGGAUUCUCGAGCUCAUGGCCUCAAUUAAGGGCUGGAAUGCGCCACAGCAGGUGGAGCAAAAGCUUCGACUUCUUCUUGCAUCUACCGUCGUCCAAGAGAAGCUGUCAGGCGAAGGGCGAUGCCUCGUCCCGGAGCAGGCGAUCGAAUCCAUGUCCACGGGCCGGGACAUCGAAUCCGACAUGCUCAUCUCCAAGGAUCUCGAUCGCUUCAUCGAAUCAGUGGGACGAUCCAAUUAGUUCUCCACAACUGACAGUGGUGACGUCUUGUUUCUCUCAUCUUACCCAACUUGUAACCUUUAACUUGCACUUUGUCGUGUAUGAAGAAAUGGAUUGAAAGAUUUCUUCACUCUCAUGGCGGCCCAACAAAUGUAUU